UGGCGUCACUUUCCCCGCCACCGGUUUGGCGGGCUUUCAGCUCUGUUGGGUGGGGUUCAAAGGCCAAAUUUGUGACGUCACUUUCCCGCCGGCGGGGGCUUUCGUUCUGUCGGGGUGGGGAACUAAGGCGAAGCAGCUAUAUAAGGAUCCGCUCUCAGGUACCACGCACUUCUUUCUCUUUCUUCUUUUGUCGCUAUGUCUGGUCGCGGCAAGGGCGGGAAAGGCCUGGGCAAAGGCGGCGCCAAGCGCCACCGCAAGGUCCUGCGCGACAACAUCCAGGGCAUCACCAAGCCCGCCAUCCGCCGCCUGGCCCGGCGCGGAGGAGUCAAGCGCAUCUCCGGCCUCAUCUACGAGGAGACCCGCGGGGUGCUGAAGGUGUUCCUGGAGAACGUGAUCCGCGACGCGGUCACCUACACGGAGCACGCCAAGCGCAAGACCGUCACGGCCAUGGACGUGGUCUACGCGCUCAAGCGCCAGGGCCGCACCCUCUACGGCUUCGGCGGUUAAGCUGUUGCUGCCUUCUCUACUGUGCAAAAGGCCCUUUUCAGGGCCACCGACUUGGUCCUCGAAAAGCUUGGUGGUUUAUUCAUUUUUUUCUCUUAACCAAAGGCCCUUCUCAGGGCCGCCCAUCUACUCUGAAAAGGCGUUGUAAUGCUGAGCCUAUGCCAUGUGCAUUGUACUGAUCGCAGAGAACCGGCUGUAAGUACGCUUUGGUUUGUCUUUGUUAUACGUUCAGUGAAUUGCACGGUGAGACCUCCAAACUAUUAAGUUGUACCAUUUUCUUUAAGUAUGGCCCAAGCAAGCCUGCGCAGCCAAACAACUUGAGAAAAGCUAGACUGAGUGAUGGAAACACGAUUACAUUAUUUUUAGUUUAACUGGAAACUGGGUCAAGCAGGGUGUGUAAGUAAGCUUUCAUUUCAGGUCUUAGUUUUGGUAAAGACAGGUAAGGCUGACCAGGGCGGCUGUUUUACUCUGAUCUUCAGACAACCUUUAUUAAAAUAUAAAUGAAAUUUCAUGGACAUCCAGUUUGAAAAGGAGAAACCUUGAUAAAUGAUAUAGCUCAUUCACAAGGUGACAGUCCUACAAGUUGUAAGGAAAUCUCACAAGGGUUUGGGCAGGGUUCUGUUCUUGUCUUCAGGAAAAUAGAAAAGACCCAUCUUCAAGAAGUAAAGAGGUCUUGGAUGUCUAAAUCCCUAAAGAAGAAAAGAUAGCUAUCCAGAAAGAAUCACCAAGCAAAGAUGAAUCUGACUUAUGGUACCGAUAUUCUCUGCAGGGUAAAAGCUCACUACCUAAGCAUACAUACCUCCUUACUUCUCAAUAUAAUGGCUGUCCCGACUCACUUAAAAAUCAAAGCUGACUGGGACUAAGCUUAUCAAACUUCUAUUUUCAACAAUUCUACUUCUCGCCAUACCUAUUUUUUUUCUCUAUGGUACCUUUCUUUGAAUAUAUGUAUCGAAAUUCAAACUUUUCAUUUUGAUAUGAAUAAUGUUUAAGUUUUCCACAAUGAAUGACAAAUUUUCCUACAAUGAUUUCUGGAGUCUCUAGGAAGAAGAUGGGGCCCCAAGAUUCCGCCUGGUUCAUAUGACGCCAUUCAACUGCUAGCAUUGGACUACAAACUGCUUAGAAUAAUUUCAAGGUGGCUAGCUGAGAUGAUCCAGCCUUACAGACUGCUCUAGCCGGGAUUUGAAACAAGCUUUGCACUUCCCUAUUACGCAUAGACAGGACAAAAAGAUGGUACAGCUACAUCUCCCAGGACUUGACAAUUAACCCACAUGUUUCUUUUCAGGAUCCCCUAAAGAUACCCUCGCCCACGAGGAAGUAAAUUUAAGAAUACGACGCCCACAUUCCCAAAACGGUGGGGGUGGUUGGUUUUGGGUCAUUCAAUGGAUUAUGGAUAUUUGUCAUUGUUUGGAGGGGAGGGUGGCUACAAGUUAUUGGUAAUGGCCAGGAAAAAAAGGUAAACAAAGGAGAUUAGAUUCUAAGUUCUUUUUUUGAAAAGAAAAGAAAAAAAGGGGGGGCAUAGAUAGGAUAGGAUAAAAGGGUAGAUUAUUGGAUCUACUCUGAAAAGAAAAAGGGGAGGACAUAGAAAUGACAGGAUAAAAAGGUAGAUUAUUGAAUUUACUUUUAAAAAGCAACUACUAGUUUUAAAUGUUUCACAGUAGAUUGGCUCUUGUAUAUUGCAUACAAAUUUUGUAUAUUGAUACAAAUUGGAGAUUAAUUUUGUUAAAACAUACUGUAUAUACAUUUCUACUCUUGUUCAAGGUAUUGUACCUAUACAGCUCUUUUAACAAUCUAAUGCAAAUGUCUAGUCUUUGAAAGUUAUUAUUACCAACUGUUAGGAUAAUAAGGAAGUACAGGUUAGUAAUUAGUCACCUAUUACAAUUGAACUUGUAGGCACAUUAGGAAUGUUUUCAAGGUCAAACAAAGAUAUAUUUUAGAUAGACAGGCCAUCCAUCUUCAAACACUUCAGAGGUCUACAGAAUAUGGCUCUUUUUUUUUUUUUUUUUCAUCACAAUGAGACACUGCUGCUGGCAGCACCAAUCUGCUUCAGAGAAGAUAAUGGGCAUUGAAGCAACUCCACAUGGAGCUUACUUUCUUUGUGGCAAAAGUAAGCCACUGGGCAAGAAAAUGCCCCUGUCUCGUAUGACGUCCUAAUUGGGCAAGCAGAACACAAAAGAAAGUGACUGCCCAAUGUCAAGACAAGAAGGGACAGCCCUUCAGAACAUCCUGCUUCCCAGAAGAGUCGCCUGCAGGCUGAAGAUGGAUGCCCCAACGUUGGAGAGGAACUGUGGGUGACUGUCCAGGCAGCCAGCUGUUUCUGUCAUCUCUCUCUCUCUCACAUAUGUUUGGAAGUCACUUGCUCACACUUCCUUCUUAUCAGUUAUUAUUAAUUUCCUUCUUGGAUCUCUGAAGGAGUUGAAGACUGGAUAGUUAUAGUUUUCCUAAUUUAUCUGACACAGAAAGCAAGUUAUGAUAAAAAGUAAAUUAGGUACAAGACUUUGGAGUCACUUAGGAUAGCUAUGGAGUAUUUUCUCUGAAUUUAUCAAAUGCAAAUGGACUAGACAUUGUUGAUGUAUUUAUUGCCUGUAUAUAUUAUAUUUAGUCAUUGUACUUAUUGUAUAUAUUUUUCUUAUAUUAGCUAUAGCCCCUUUUAUUUUAGACAAAAAGGGGAAAUCCAGUGAUAUUUCAUUUGUAGUUUAAUAAAUAAAGGUUACCUGAAGAUCAGAGAGUUAAAUAGCCGCCCAGAUCAGCCUUACAGACCAGGCAGAGGUGACAUACUAAUCCCAGUAGUAUGGCCACACUCGUUUGCCAUAGAAACCAGGCAGUAGUGGUGCAUGCCUUUAAUCCCAGCACUAGAGAGGAAUACAGAUGGGAGGAGACAGCUCUCACAGUCUCAUUCUGAGGAUUGAUUCAAGGAGGCAGGAUCGCCAUUGGAUCGCCAUUUUGGACUGAGGUAGAGUUAAGAGCCCGUGCUUGGCUGUUUUUCUUUUCUGAUCUUCAGGUUGUACCCCAGUAUCUGUCUUUGGAUUUUUAUUAAUCGUGCUGCAACAAUAUCCUAUAACUGCCAUCACAGGAAAUCCAAUACCCUCUUCUGUACUCUGGGCACCCAGACAUAAUGCAGACAAAACAUCCAUACAAUAAAAUAAAAAUAACUUUAAAAGACAAAAGAAAGCAUAAUUUACAAUCUAUAGACAAAUUGUGAGAUGGCAGUGUUGUUCUAGAUGAUAUAGUCAUGAGGACACAUGAAGUCCUGACUGUCAAGGCAUUAUGUCCUAGAGAAGGGGGGCAUGCCUAUGUACAUGCCUACAUACACAGACUAAGAAUAUUGUUAUACACAUUACAUUAAAUAAAACCCACAUAUGGUCACUCUUAAAGAGUUAGGUAUUGAAUUAGGGACUGUGUGGAUGACAAUUCCUGCAAAGAAGUUGUAUCCUCAAAGCCUGACAGUGAUUUGACCUUCAAUGACGUUUGAGCGGACAGAAUGUUGUGUAUUCAAAAUUCAAUUACAAUUUAUUUGGGUCAGUCUUUAGCUCCCUGAAUAGUUAUUGAGAAUUUCUUUGCUGUGUACACCUAAUCCUAUAACCUAACAGAUAAAAACUUCUGGAAAUGUAUUAAGUCUAGCUUGUACCAACAACGAAAAGGGUAUAGUCAUCAGACAUCAUAUGAGGCCAGUAGCAGAGAUUUUGCUCCUUGGCUGUGACUGCCUAAUGUUUCCGCCAAUAUAUUCAAAAAAGUGCCUUAAUUAGUGACCUUUCUUUGUAGCUAUAAAACUUUCAUGAAACUGCCUCUACACGGGAGCAUAGAGUUGGGGGUAACUUAAACCUCUGUUCCUGGUCCAUGAUCU